AUGUCAUCAUCAAACCCGACCUCUCCAGAGGAAGCUGUAGAGGAAGCCGUCCUAGAUCCUGAGACCCCGCAGAAGACCACCGAAGAGAACGAUGGAAAGGAGACACCCACGUCGGCGCCGCCAGCAGCGACCCGUGGCCGACCGCGUGCUAAGUCAACAAAAGAACCUACACUUCUCCAUGAUUUUCUUCUAGGCCGACCCUCGAGGUCGCGGCAGGCGCUCGAGCGCCAGAGGAGGAUGAGCUUGGAGGCUGUCAAAGCUGAGCUGCGCCAUGAAAUGAAGCAGUCUCAAGUCAAGCGCGUCCCACCUCCUAAUGGCGUCCGUGAUCGAGUUAAGAAGUGGCAGAAGGCCAAUGCUGCGGCUAUGGAGCAGACUCCAGACGAUGCAGCCACCGAACCACCUGAUGUUGCAUUCGAAGACGAGGACUUUGUGAGUGUGACGGAGGAGGAUCGGGUCCGCAUCAAGAUGAGGAAGAAGCCCAAAACACCAAACAAUAAAACGAACGAGACUCUGCCCACAGAGACCACAGAGGCCACAGGAGAUGCAGAGGCCACAGGAGACGCGGAGGCUACUACACCUGACGAGGUCCCCGCCAAAACACCUAUCAAGUCACCCGAGCCACCACCACCAGUGACACCAAUGACACCAACAACACCGACUCCGGGGAAACAAGUAAAACCACCGCCUAAGAAACGUGUUGUUAGCGACGAACAUUGGAGAAAGAAUCGGAAGCAUGGAACGCAUGGAACGCACGGAAACAAGAAGACCUCACCUUCUAAAGUCCCCGCCCCGGGAAAGAUACCAAAAGACUUUGUCUUCCGCACCCAAGCUAAUCCCAAGGUCGCCAACAGAGUCAAGGCUUGGGCAGAAAUGGUCGAAAUUCCAGAUCCACCACCACCGAGGAGUCAUAAGUCGUCUAAAUCGGUCGGCGCAAAACCAUGGAUGGACGACACAGAUAGCGAGUUCAUGAGUGAAAGCGAAUUGACAGUAAGCAAUGUCAAUAGCAGCCGAGUAACUGCACAGCGCUCCGCCAAGUCAACACCAGGACCUGAUGACGGAAUCCGAGUCAGACCCAUGAACAAGAAGAGACAGAGCGGUGAUGGUAUCCGGGUGAGGGCCGUCAGGACGCCACUCACUGACGACGAAGGAAUUCGAGUAAGACCUAUGAGCGAGGUCUCAUCCAAUGCCGGAAGUACGGUGCGGAGUGUCAGGUUACGGCUGAAAUCAGCUCCUAGCUCACGGAGACCUAGUAUGAGCGACGUGAAAAAGGAGAUGAAGAAGCAGAUGACAGACACCAAGAGCGUUAACGGAGACAAUUCAUCUAAAAUAUCGUUAAGUAAAUACGCCGAAACUUUCGAGGGUUCAGAAUGGUCCAAGACAACGAGGACAAAUACAGUACCUUUCAAACUUACAAAGGAAAACCCCACGGUUGAUACUCCUACGAAGAAGAGGGUUCCGUCAUCAGGCAAGCUAAAACCUCGACCCAAGAGUUACCAGCCUCCGACGACAAAGGAAAAGGGCAAGGAAACGUGGGUGCCUGAUGACGAUGAGGAGUCUGCUAUUGAGCCCUCUCAACUUGAUGGAUCAGAGUUGUCUUCCAGUCUUCUGGCCAAGUCUAUAGCAGACAUCCCAGGAGAAAUUCCAUGGGGCAACUCGGCUUUUACUGAACUCGACCUACCUCUACGCGCCCGUGGAGGACCACUACGAAGUCGGCCUAUCCGUCCUGCUCGCCCUGCGAAGCCCGAAAGGAAUACCAGCUUCAAGAACAUGCCAAAGGUUUUCAAGAAGGUCAUGGAGGGCGCCAGCAAGGUCAUUCACGAAAUCAACGAGCACCCGCCCCCAAGGGACGCUGUGCCUAAUAAGCCUACAAGUAUUGAGAAGUGGCUGAAUACUACGGUUGAUCCUUUUGUUGAGGGUGAGGGCAAAGGAAAGCCUUUGGAUGACGAUUUGUCAGAUGAACCAUCUUCUCCCGAGACUGUCAGGACUCGUCGCGCCGCAUCUCGUACCGAGAAGAGGAAAGUGUCUUCCUCGACUAUGAGCAAACCAGAUACGGUGGACAAAGCUAUUCAUGAGCCAUUACCAGCGACGCCGGAGCCUGUGCAAGAGGCCCCGAAGAAACCCCAACCUACGCCUUCACCAAAGCCUGCACCGAAAGAACCAUCACCAGAGCCUGAGCCUCCCAAGAAGGCAACACCAAAACCGGCAACCCCGAAACCAGAGCCCAAGGUCGAACCCAAGCCUGAACCUGAGCCGGCCCCUGCCAGAGAGCCUUCACCAGAGACAAUCACGGAACUCUCAACAGACCUCUCAACAGAACUCACACAAGAAGUAUCGCCAGUAUCCUCGCCCGAACCUGAAGCCAAGACGAAACCAAAGCGUCAAGACACAAAGUACCCACCAAGGGGAGGUUCACCUCUCGCAGGCUUGAAGAGAACAAAGGCAACACGAAACACAGCUUCUCCUGUCAAGUCCAGCCCCAAACACUCACUUUUUGGUAUGCUCAAGGAAGCUUUCACGGGUGAAUCGGGCAAUUCGCUUCCUAAAGUGAAGCCCUAUACGAGUCGAGAAGAGCGACCAUACGAUGAUGAGCCUGAAACCUUGUAUGCCGAUUCUAGGUACAAUGACUCUCGUUAUGACGACUCCCGCUACGAAGAUUCAAGGUACGAGGAGUCAAGAUAUGAUGACUAUCGACGUGAGGAUGAUCGUUACGACGACGAACGCAGUUACGACGACUCCGAGGAUGGGACCGAAACAGUGUUGUCCAAGACCGAAAAGUUGAGAAGCGUCAGAUCCGCAUCUCCUGAAGAAGCGCGCAAAACGCCUCAACCUCAAAAGAAAACUCCAGAGCCUCAGGAACCGCCUCAAGAGCAACCUCGAGAGAAGACUCCGGAACAGGAACAACAGGCUGAAGAUGCUCGAAUGUCACUACCGUCAGCGCGCAUGAUGGGUCCGCGUCUCCCACCGCCAACUAGGGGCCAGUAUGAGUUGUCAACAAUUCUUUCCGAGGAGGGUUCUAGCGCUGUCGAAUCGGAUCUGACGACUGAUGUCACUCAAUCCACUCUUACGCAAUCCACCGGUUUCACUAAAGGAAGCCGCCGUUCGAAUUCUCGUUCAAAUUCGAAGAACCAGGGAUCUGGUCUUAAGCGACGUCUGACACGUCACUCGGAUCUUGUAUCAGUACUCUCACUGCCCGACGAUAAAAACGUCCCCAGCGCCAUCAUCAGUAACCGCUCAAGACCCAGUAUGCGAAAGAGCCGAGGUGGGGCCAACGAUGUGACGAAUGACGACCUGCUUAGGGAAUUUCGCGAAGAUGAAAGUCUCUAUCUUAGAGAGUUGAAGACAUUAGUCUCUGGUGUUAUUCCAGUUCUUCUACAGCAGGUCGUUAAUGGCGACAAUGCGAACGAACUUUUCGGCUCUGGUGACCAUGUCACCAAGGCAGACGCCCUUUCGAAGUCUGUGGUGAACAUGGGUGUUGCUCUUGAGAAGCUUCAGAUGGCUCAUCGCAAGGCUCCUAUUCAAGAUAUUCGUCGACUUGCUUCAUGGGGUCAUGGAGUUGUACCCAUUUACCACAAAUACCUCGACGCCUGGAGGCUGGGCUUCCAAGAUCUCGUCGUCAAUCUUGCACCGGUAGCGGGAGUGCUGGAUGAUGAAGACUCCCUUGUCGGUGCCAUGCCACGGAAUGAUGCUGGCGAUAUCGUUGAUGCCGCGGGAGAGCGAGUCGACGUGGCUCAUUUGCUGAAGAGGCCUCUGCUUCGACUCAAGCAGAUCGCCAAGUUCUUCAAGUGUGUUGACUCUAUACUCGGAACUAACGACACCUACGAUCUUAUGAAUGAUUUUGAGGAUCUACAAGAAAAGGCCCGUCGUCGACAUCGCGAAGAAACAGCCAGGAUGACAGAUGAGGAUGCGAUCAACACCGACACUACCAGAUCGCGCGACCUCCGAACGCUGACUGCGAUGGACGAGGUGUACAUCGAGCCGUCGCGUCAGGUCAGCGCAAAAGAUUUCUUUUCCCUAGACCUUGCGCACUCCAAUGGUCAACGUCUCGAGUGCCAGGUCGAGUUGGUACACCGAGACAAUCAACGCUUUCCUGAAGACAAGGGCGACCUUUUGAUCCGCGAGAAUGGUGUCAAGGGUCGAUCAUACCUCUUGUUCCCGCCAGUGCCUAUUGAAUUGAUUUCAGCCAGGACAGGAGAUGAUAAUUUUGAUAUGGUUGUCAUGAUACGGGGAACACACAACGACAGGCCAUGGCACGAGCUACUCACACUCACGACCGAUAACGAAGAUCAGAUUUUGGACUGGCUCGAUAUUCUCCCUGUCUCUCCCGUACCUCCGAGGGAGCCGGAGCCUAGUGUGAUCGAUGACGAUGAACCGUACUCACAAUCCCGCAUGCCCGAUGUGCCAGUCGGCGUUCGAGGAUCUUCUCGCAAGUACUCAGCUCAAUCCCUGCGAAACUCACACUCCCGCCGCUCAUCUGCUGCCGAGUCACCUCCAGCAAGCCCAACCACACCCAAGCGACUUCCAGCCAGAUAUCGCCCUCGAUCAGCCUCGCCAGUCACUCCUCCCCCUCCUGCAAAGUCGCCUGAAUAUCACGAUCUCCAAGGUACAGCAAACCAGUACGACUACCAAUACGAUGAGCGGCCCAUGACCUCACAGAGCAUGCAACCUGAUCCUCUCAAUAUCCGCAAGAGCGAUGUAUCUCAACGGGAUGAUGGCGCACCGCCACCACCAGCUCACCGAACCUUUAGUCCCAGCCCUCAACCUCAAGCCAAGUCCAAGUACUCCAAACCGCCUCCUCUUCAACCACCUACCAGCAGCGGAGUCAAGCGCCGGGGAUCUUCUCCCCUCAAGCACGAGUACUUGCCCUCGGACCAGUCUUCGAUAUCAGGCACAUCCUACACUCGCAGUUACGAGAACUCCGAGGAGGAAGACUACACCGAAUCAGACUAUAGCUACGAUUCUUCUGAUGAGGACGAUAUCGAAAGCGUCGAUCUGCCUGAGACCGAGCUGGGAGUCAGCAUUAGGGACAACUCCAGAUCUCGAGACUACAUCAGGGAGGAGAUUGAUAGUCAUCUGGAGACACUUCAUGAAGAGGAGUAUGCCGACGAUGAGCCUAAGCGCCAUCAACUUCACGAGUCCAUUGUAUCAGGCCCAGCAGACAGCCUGACACCUUCCAAUUCCGCUUCUCAAGCUGGCCUAUACGGACAAAAGGUUGCACCCGAGGAGACCGUCCAAAGAUACAGUGCUAUGAUCUCGAGGUGGUCCGAUAAGGGCAUGUGGAAGAACAUCGCCGCUGAGAACCUUUCAGUCAUUGUCAAAGCCGGCGUAAUUGAAGCCUACAUCGCCAACAGCUCAUCUGAGCAAGGGGACAAGCCAAUGCUUGCACUUGAUCUCACUCCAUUGGUGCUCAUCCGUCAGAGCACAGCUGUUGAUCUCGAAAUCCGCUCUUCAGUUCGAUCAGAUUGCCAAAUGGCCAACUCUCACGGUGGAGGCAACUUCCGCUUCCGAUGCCACAACGGACCUGACUGCUACAACCUUUACAUGUCCGUUCACCACUCCCGUCUCAACAACCAAAAAUUCAUCCAACUCGAAAACGAAGCGCGGUUCAGAAGCUUCGGUGAACAAAAGCCUCCUGUUGAGUAUAAUGAUGAUACAAGUAGCCGACGACGAAGCUGGUUCGGCCGUAAGAACAGCUACCGUGGUUCCGUCCGUGCCCCUACUCUAUCAUAUGAUGGUGCAAGCACUACCCCCUCCUCCACUCUCUCCGCUUCCAGCUUCCUCAAGAGACUUACUGGACGAGGACUGCCCUUCAGCUUGGCUCGUUCCUCAGUCAAGCGUAACAGCCGUUACGGCGGCGGUACCAACACUCCCGGAUCUUCCUCUUAUGGUGACACCACACCGCGAUCACCUUCAAUCAGUGUCGAGAACAGCGGCCGCGGACCCUCAAGCUUCGGUACAGAAGACCUCAAAAUUCGACUGCAUCUUCUCGUCGCGGCUGCCAAAUGGGAGGACUUUGGUAACUGCAAGCUCUCCAUUCAACGACCUCCUCCUGGCUGGCGCCAAGCUCUUCGUGCCGACCACGGUAUGGAGAAGCGUGUUACUGUCACUACUAUCCCACGCAAGAACUCAGAGAAGCCAAAGGUGUUGCUUGAUGCCGUCCUCGGCAGUGGUUGCUUCACGGCAAUGGGCAGCCGUGGUAUCGUGUGCGGCGUCUGGGAGGAGAUGAAAGACGACAAUGGUGUUGUCGGCGUUGUUCCAGCUACGGGCCCGACAGGCGGCAACAUCAAGAAGUGGUGCUUCCAGUGCGCCAGUGUCGCAGAGGCAAGCUGGGUGCUGCGACUUGUUCAUCAAGAAGUCAUGACCAUCUAA